CCGUUUCCGUUUCUGCUUCUUCUUCUCCUUCUUCUCCCUGAGAGGCAAGUGAAGCAAAGAGUGUGUUAAUUGUUAAAGAUGAAUGUGGAAGUGAACGUGGAAGCAGUAGAAACCAUAAUAGGCCACACUUUCCGAAACAAGAAGCUUCUAGAAGACGCCCUAACCCACUCUUCAUUCCACCAAUACCAAAAUUUCGAACGCCUUGAGUUCCUCGGCGACAUCGCUUUGUCACUCUCACUCUCCAACCACCUCUUCCUCACUUACCCCUCCCUCCAACCCUACCACCUCUCCCUCCUCCGCGCCGCCAACGUCUCCACCGACCGCCUCGCCCGCCUCUGCGUCCGCCACCGCCUCCAAAGCUUCCUCCGGCACCGCUCUCCCACUCUCCUUCCUAAGAUUCAAGAGUUUGCGGAAGCUGUAGCUGAAGAAGGCGAUUUGGUUGCUCAUGGUGGAUCAGUGAAAGCUCCUAAGGUUCUUGCUGAUAUUUUGGAGUCUGUGGCUGGUGCGGUGUAUGUGGACGUUGAUUUCGACAUUCAAAAAUUUUGGCUGAUAAUUAGAGGUCUUCUGGAGCCAUUAGUCACACCAGACAUCGUCUCACAACAACCCCAACCAGUUACAAUGCUCUAUGAACUCUGCCAAAAGAACGGGAAACAGGUCGACAUCAAGUACUGGAGGAAUGAUGGCAAAACCAUUGCAAGUGUCUAUGUCGAUGGACAAUUUGUGACAUCGGCUUCAUCCGAUCAGAAGGACAUUGCAAAGCUUGAUGCUGCCAAGCUUGCCUUGGAUAAGAUAGCAAAUUCAUUCCCGGCAAAUACUAGUAUGCUUGAAUUUUCUGCUGGAGUGGAUGGUUCCUUUGAGAUUGAAUUUGCAAAACAUGAGUUAAACGAACUUUGUGGGAAGAAAAAAUGGUCAAAACCAGUUUUUAGCAUCACAAACACUGAAGGUCAACCACAUCAAAGGAUAUUUGUCUGCUCCGUUCAGGUAACAACAACAGAAGGUACAUUCCAGAUGACAGGCGAGAGAAGGACGCGAGUGAGGGACGCAGAAAACUCUGCAGCUUCUCUAAUGAUUCAAGCCUUACAAGAAUGUAAUCAUCUUUGAAUCUAGAUCACAAUAUGAAAUGUGUAAAGUGUUAACCUAAAAUUCAUUAUAAAUUGAAGGGUUGUAUGAUGCCCUUCUCUUCAUGCACAUUAUGUUACAGCAAUUUUGUACAUUUAACUAAAUGAGAACUAAUUGACCGUAACUGAAGGUUUUCUUAGUUUAAUGAUAAGCAAUUCCAUGCAUAUUUU